AAAACAGAGAAGAACUUUGAGGAGAGACUGAUUUUGAAGGCAUUCCUACUGAAGUUUGUGAAUUCUUAUGCACCAAUUUUUUACGUUGCCUUUUUUAAAGGAAGAUUUGUUGGCCGGCCUGGACGUUAUGUAUAUGUGUUUGAUAGUUAUCGAAUGGAAGAAUGUGCUCCAGGAGGAUGUUUGAUGGAACUCUGUAUUCAGCUGAGCAUCAUUAUGCUCGGAAAACAACUGAUUCAAAACAAUCUGUUUGAAAUUGGAAUCCCGAAGCUAAAGAAGCUCUUCAGGAAGCUGAAGGAUGAAAGAACCGAGCCAAAGGAAAUGGACACCAACCGGUCAAAGGACCCUCAGCAAUGGGAUCUCGACUACACUUUGGAACCUUUCACUGGGCUGACUCCAGAAUACAUGGAAAUGAUUAUCCAGUUUGGCUUUGUCACACUCUUUGUUGCCUCGUUUCCUCUGGCGCCUCUCUUUGCUCUCCUGAACAACAUCAUAGAAGUCCGUCUUGAUGCAAAAAAGUUUGUUACUGAACUGAGGAGGCCAGACACAGUAAGAGAAAAAGAUAUAGGAAUUUGGUAUAACAUUUUGAGUUGUAUUGGAAAGCUUUCAGUUAUCAUUAAUGCUUUUGUAAUUGCUGUCACAUCCGAUUUCAUUCCACGCCUUAUGUAUCAAUAUGCAUACAGUCAAAAUGGAACCAUGCAUGGCUUCAUCAAUCACACGCUCUCAUACUUCAAUGUCAGUCAUCUCAAGGCGGGAACACAGCCAGAAAACUCCCCAUUUGCACAGGAUGUUUUAUUCUGCAGGUUCAAAGACUACAGAGAACCACCUUGGUCCCCAAAUCAGUAUGAGUUUUCUAAACAGUACUGGGCAGUCUUAUCAGCUCGCUUGGCUUUUGUUAUCCUAUUUCAGAACUUGGUGAUGUUCCUCAGUGUUCUGGUUGACUGGAUGAUUCCUGACAUCCCCAAGGACAUAAGUGAACAGAUCAAAAAGGAGAAGAGAGUGCUUGUUGACUUCUUCCUGAAGGAAGAACAUGAAAAGCUGAAGCUGAUUGAAAGUUUUAUUGCACGUGACAAGAAGAAACACAAAAGUGGGACCAAAGGUGGAAAGAUCCGGGCUGCCAGCUUCUGUCAGUUUAACCGAAGUCCAAAAGGCAGCUUUGCCUCCUUUAGCUCACAGCACACAGAAGUGUGA